UAAUUGUAACGUUAAAAAAUAUAUUUCAAGUAAUACAAAUAGACCGUGCCAAAUUCCAAUCAAGUUCUCUAUUUCAUUCAUGAAUUAAAUCCUGUCAUCCGGAAGUAGUUUGACAAGAAAGAUGACCUUUUACACUGAAAUGUAAUUCAAGUAGAAUUAGUUUUUUUAUCGUCAUCAUCAAUAUCAUAAUUAAUUUGCAUUUUAGCAGUUUGUUGAUUUUUUUUUUUUAGUGUACAGCGAGCUUUUUUUGAAACCACUAAAAGACAGGUGUGCCGUCAACAAGCACACUUGUGCUCAGCUGUGACUUAAUUAAACAGACAAUGACGAAUUACCAUCGUAGCUUCCAAAAUAAAAUUAGCGACUUUACAUAGAAUUAAUAAACCACUUUAAAAGUGUUUGUUAGUCCACUCCCAAACUAUGUCUGAAAAUUUAAACUGUAAACAAGCAUGUCAGGACUUUCAGAAAACUCAGUACAUUUAUAAACACCUUUUCCGGAAAAAUACAAUAUUUUAUUUUGAAGAUUACCUCUGUCAACAUGCUUAGGUUGCCUGACUGGCAUGUAGGACUUGUUCAGUUGGAAGUGGGGAGAGGACAUGCGGUCCUUCUUUUAACGCUUCAACCUGUAAGUCAACGUAAACGAAUGGUGACCUGAUCGAGAUGGCCAGAACAGGGGUGUGUUGCGCCAGCCUGGAGGAGCCCGCGGCCCUGAUGAAGAUGGGCCUCAGCAUGGUGCUCGUGGGCCACGUCAACUUCCUGUUGGGAGCGCUGGUGCACGGCGUGGUGCUCCGGCACAUCAACCUCCACAAGCAGGCUCGUGCCAUGGAGUACGCCAUCUCCAAUGUGGUGGCACUUGCAUCUGGACUGAUGGGAAUUGUCGUUGGCAUUCUGGCUAUCGUCUUGUCUAAAAACAAGAAAAGCCCAGGCCUGGUGAGUACUAUCACUCUCUAUUUUUUGAGUCCCGAAAGGGAAAAUAUGCGAGACUGGCAAGCCAUGUGUUUAUUUUUGCACUUUACAUUUCACUGCCGCUUCCCUGAUGCCAUCGGCUACUCCAGCAUCACCAACGAGUGUCCUUUUGACCCCACGCGCAUCUAUAGUACCACUCUGAUCCUUUGGGUGCCUCUCAUCGUGACUUGUGUGAUCCAGCUGAUCUUUUCCGCCCGCUGCCUUUCCGUGUGCGUCUCCUUCCUGGGUUUGCCCUGCUGGCCGCACAGGAAGCGGCCCCGAGAGGUCCGAGCCGUCAUCAAAGCGAUGAGGCCGCUGGAGGAACCGGUUGAAUCUCGUGUCAGCAAAGCGAAACAGCAGAAAGAAACUCCCCCUCCGCUUCCCCCCAAGCGCUACACCGAAGCUCCGAGGAGCUCCAGUGAACCCAGAAGACCGGUGUCACAAACGGCCAGGCAGCAGCGCCGGCAGCCUCCCCCGCCGUACUACAGGAGCCUCCCCCCCGCGGAGAGGCGGCCUGUUGCUGUUCGCCAGCAGCCUCGCUGGGAAAGGUCACGGAGCCCUGAUGCUGCGCAAGGGAGCCAGCAGCCAAUGCUGGAACAGCGCCACCUAUUGGAGAGAGGCGCUCUGGAACGAUCCAGUUUCUGGAUUUAGUUGAAAUGAUGCCGACCGCUUUUUAUUUCACAGUGGACCUAAACUUCAACCAUAGACAUAAUGGCCACUUCUUGAGGUAUACUUACACCAUCUGUUGCGACCCAAUACAAACAGUGCCCCCCCCCCCCCUCCCCAUCAAAACUGAACUUUUCUUUUGACAUUUCUCAUACACUUCUCAUUAGACGGUGCAGUUGUUCCUAACGUUGUGGUCUGUAAGUGUGUCAGUAUUAGGGAUGGGUGAUUUAAGGGAUCACGAAGCAUUGAUUGGAUUGUUUGGAAUUGCUGGACUAAUCACGUCUUCAAGGAAAUGAGUCAAACUGGCCCGCAACAAAGCAAAGGUGCUGUUGAUUUAUUCCAAUAAUUUGCUGUUGACUAGUACAACAUGGAAGCAUGGGAAGCCAAGCUAUAUCACAAAUGGUCAACAUUUAUCAAUAUGCACCACUAUAUCAUUUAGAACUAAUUAUGAUACAUGUAUUUUUUUAAUUUCCGCUAUUUUAAAAUGUUAAAGGAAUGAUUAAACUAUGGUUGGAGCUCAAAGAAGCUUUCCAGUCUUUGCGCCUGACAAAAAAAAAAGUACCUCGUGAGGGUGUGUCUUCACCACCAUUAUGUGCGUUUGUGUAUCUAGCUACUAUUUUAUUUAUGCCCUUUUCAAAAUAAAAAAUUGAGACACGGGCUGCUGUGUUUACUUUUUGUAGAAAGCGUUGAUUGUAAUGCUACACGCGUGGUAAUAUUUGCUGACAGUGACCUGACAGGUAGGACUGGUUACACGCGCACACACAUACACGCCCAUCCACACUUGUUUCUGGAACAAUUUGCAAACAUUUUUUCACCCCUUUUUAUCAAGGUGGCAUGUAACAUAAUGCUUUUGUCAUUGUAUUUUUGUAUUUGUUUUCUCAAAAUGUUUUGAUACUUUUGGAAUCUCUUCCUGGCAAAAUGGAGUCUUCAUCAAAUUACACCUAUUUAUAUACUUCUUCUGCAAUCAAGCAGGUCUAAAACUGACAGUGUCAUUAAAAAUGGUAAUGAAAAAAAUAACUGGUCCUUAAUGA